AUGGUCCCAUUUGAAUUUAAAAAAACAGGUUGCCAUCCAGAGGUCAGGGAAGCAGAGUUUGGUUAUGUUACUGACCUGAACCAAUUCAUACAUCUUCAUCUGAGUGAAAAUGAAAAGUAUGAUAAGUUAAAAAAAAAGUAAUUGCAAUCACUAGAUAAACAAUGAAAAUUAAACAAAGUUAGCUGUUGCCUAUUGCUGUGAAUUAUAGUCUAAUUAGAGUUGAUUAUCAUUUUAGGAAUGGAAGGCUGACAUGGAACAAUGCAAUCCCAGAAAAUGAAGUGCAAUUAAAACUUGGAGGAGAUGCUGGUGGUGGGUCAUUUAAAAUAGCCUUCCAGAUUGCUAACCUGAGGCAUCCAAAUUCUAAAAUCAACACAGUGUUCUUUGCCAUGUUCCAUGCAAAAGAUAGUUGGGCUAAUUUAAAGACAGCCCUAAUGAAAUAUAAAGAACAAGUCAACACCUUGAAAGAAGCAACCUGGGCGUAAGUAAAAAAAAAAUGUACUACACUUUUAGUAAGUCAGGAGAAUAGAGACUUGAAAUAGCAUAAUAUUAAUUAAAUUUUUAUUUUUGUUUUGCCCAUUUCUAGAGGUAAAAAUAAAGUGGUUUUCCUCUUUGGUGACUAUGAGUUCCUAUGCAAGCUAUUUGGAAUAGCUGGUGCCUCAGGUAUGAUCUAGACAAUAAUUCACAUAUACAAAUAAUUAUGAUUUAGCAAUUCAAUAAAAGAAUAUAAAAUGUAGCCUCUACUCUACAUAACUAUUUCUGUGAAACAGGUUUCCACCAUGAGAAUUGUAUUUGCAGGCAAAUAUCCACGUCUUUGGUGCAAGAUAAAUCAUGAAGUAACGCAAGUCUCUUGCCAUAAACAUGGGCAUGCUGAAAAACGAAGUCUUGAAAACAUUCAAGAGGGUUAUGAUAAGUUUGUAGCAGAUGGCUCUGUUACAAGUCAACAGAAGUUUUAUCACAAUGUGAUUCACGAGAAACUGUUGGACAUUGAAUUUGACAAAGUAAGAUACAAGAGUUUAUUUUAUUGCUUUGAAGAGGGACUUACAGGACACCUUACUAAAUGGUUGUCUAUUUCAGGUUUGUGUUCCUGGACUUCACAUUAGCUUGGGUGUGUUUAAGGAACUGUUCGACAAACUAGAGAACCAGUGCUUUGAGCUGGACAAAAAAAUUCAAAUGGUGCUAGCAGGAGACAGUGAAGAGAAUGAUGAAAAAAUUCCAGGCAUUCAGAGCUGCCCAACUACAUACCAGACAAGCACAACAAAUGUUAAUAUGCUAAUGUUAAUAUCAUGCCUGCCUACUUUACACUACUACAGGAGGAGAUAGACAAACUCCUUGGAAAUGCAAGGGAGGAGGUAACAAUAAUAUAUUUGUGCUUUCCAGUAUCAAAGCUGUACAAUCCUCCAAAUCCAUUUCACAUGUUUCAAACCCAUCUUAAUUUUUUAGUUAAAGAAGUUAUGAUUUUAUUUUUUAGAUUAUUUAUUUGUAAUAUUACACUAGCUCAAAUUAUAGCAACUAAGCAGUAAGUCAAAUAACCCAGAUUUAAAUAGUAUUAUCUCAACAUUAUAGGAAAAGAUUGCAGAUGAACAAAUGGAAUUGGCUGCCUUUGAGAAAGCCAAUGGACCUUUAUCAGUUCAUUUGGAUGAGGUUCUCAAGAAAAUGAAUGUCGAGAGACAAGCUUAUCAUGGAAAAUCAUUCAUUGGUAACCAUGUACACACUUGCUGCAAGGUAACACAAAUUCUACCCUUAGAGUAG